GUAACCGACAGAUAUUAAAUAGAACUUCAGCAAAAAUGGCUUUAGGUGAACCAUACGAAGAAUACACACGUCUUUUCCACUAUGGAUCUGAACCAGUAAAGGAUGCUGCCAAAGCCGCUCCAUUCCUCACCUUUGUGCUUCUCUUACUUGCCUUUGUUUCCUUGUCAUUAGCAUUCUUGGGUGAUAGAAAGACUCAAUCUGCCGUUACAUACAUUGUUUAUGCAACCGUGGCCUCUUUAUCUAUUGGAUUGGGAUCUAUCUACGUGUCUAACUUGGUGGGCGUUUACGUUUAAAAUUCAAACUAAAUAAAACUCAAAAAUAACUAUGUAUACUAGAAAUGAAAUGAAUUAUUAUAA